AUGUCAUCUAAAGUGAUAGUGCAUUACAACCCCCAAUUGCCGAUUAUUUUAGCAGUUGAUGCGAGUGCUUAUGGCAUCGCAGCGGUCAUAUCGCAUAAAUUUGAUAACGGGGACGUAAAACCCAUAGCGUACGCAUCACGUACAUUAUCGUCGGCGGAAAAAUCUUAUUCCCAAAUUGAUAAAGAGGCUCUAGCAAUUGUAUAUGGCGUUAAGAAAUUUCAUCAAUUCUUAUACGGUAGAAGCUUUACAUUACUAACUGAUCAUAAACCCUUGAUUAGUAGUUUCGGGGAUAAAAAGGGAAUUCCAAUUUUUGCUGCCAGUCGAUUACAACGCUGGAGUGUCAUUUUAUCUACGUAUAAUUUUAAAAUCAAAUUCAUAAAUUCCGAAAGUAAUGGUAAUGCUGAUGCUUUAUCCAGAUUGCCAAUAGAAAUGAACGUAAGGGAUGAAGUUGAUUUGGGACACAUUUUGUACAUAGAGGAAAAUAUUCCAAUUAAUCAUCAGGAUAUUGCAGCCGAAUGUAAGAAAGAUCCUGUAUUAAACAGAAUUAUAGGAUUUUGUUUACAUGGGUGGCCGCAUAAGGACAACUUGGAUAAAGAAUUCGCAACGUUUUAUGAAAAGCACAAAUUAAAUGAGAUUCAUAUCGUACGAGGUUGUGUACUAUGGGGUUAUCGCAUAAUAAUACCUCAACAAUUGCGACCAAAUAUCUUAAAAGAAUUACACUUAAGUCAUUUAGGAAUUAAUAAAUGUAAGUCUUUGGCGAGAUCAUAUGUAUGGUGGCCCAAUAUCGAUUAUGACAUCGAACAAAUGUGCAAACGAUGUAUGGUUUGUAGUACAAUAAGGCCAAAUGUUUCAAGAACUACAUUAAAUCCGUGGCCGAUUGCACAUCGACCUUGGUCCAGGUUACAUAUAGAUUUCUUGGGUCCGCUAAAUGGACAAAAGUACUUAAUUGUCAUAGAUGCUCACACAAAGUGGUUGGAAGUUAUUAAGGUUAAUUCCACUACAGCUGACAACAUUGCUUCGAAGCUGAUGAAAUUAUUUAGUCAGUUAGGGUGGCCAGACUCGGUAGUCUCAGAUAACGGCCCACCGUUUACAUCCUCAGAUUUCAAAACGUUUUUGAAAAAUAAUGGCAUCAGGCAAUUGUUUACACCUCCUUACCAUCCACAAAGCAAUGGAGCAGCGGAAAAUGCUGUCAAAUUAAUUAAGCAAGCUUUAAAGAAGAGAAAGCAAAGCAUAAUCCGGAUACUUUUUUAUGUCGUUUUUUUGCUAGAUUAUCGCAAUAGUGAACACAGCAGUACAGGAAUUAGCCCAGCCAAAGCCAUGUUUGGCAGGAAUCUUAAAAAUCGACUCGAUUUAAUUAUGCCCAAUCGUUAUAGAACAGUCGAGGAAAAGGUAAUCAAACAGGUAGAAAAUUUUGGCGGAAGAAAUAAAGUUAUUGAGGUAGAUGAUAAGGUCAUUAUUAAAGAUUAUACUACACCUACCCAUCCCGUGGGAAUGUUCGGGAAAAUUGCCAACAAGCGAGGGUCCGUCUUGCUCGAUGUUGAAACAUCUACAGGGAAAAAUGUAAUUAGACAUUCGGACCAAAUUCGAGUGAUUGAAAAGAAUAAUAAUAACAGAAAUUCAUUAUUGGUUUCAACAUGGAACAAGAACGACGAAGAGGUAAAAGUGGAGGUAGAUAAGUCACCUAGUACGUCACAAGUUGUUCCCGACCUCACCGAUAAGACAGUGUGCGUCGAUGUUGAUAAUGGACCUAGUACGUCAUCGCAAGUGAUAAGUGACGUAGAUUUAGUACAAUCCCAACCAGUUGUACAGGAACGAUAUCAAUUGCGUCCUAGAAAAUAA